AUGGCUCCGAUUAUGCUAGAUUCUGGCGACCUGCUAGGUCUACCACACAAUGGUUUAGGUGGACAACCAGAGGUGGUCAGCCUGGAUGGCCAGUCAAAUCUUGGAGAACAAGAUAGGCUGGAGCCCAUCGCCAUUGUUGGCUACUCCUUUCGAUUUCCUGGCGAUGCAACAGACUCGAAAGCAUUCUGGAAGAUGAUGAUGGAGCAAAGGUGCGCCACGUCCGAUACGCCAGAGGACCGGAUCAGCAUUCCUCAAUGGCAGCACCCCGAUGGCAGACGACGAGGACAAGUGAGAAGCAGCUUUUCCUUCGAACCAUUGAUUUUUAACUGCUGA